CGACGUCACUUCCGGGUAGUCCAGGCGCGAGGAGGAGGAGGAGCGACAGCGCCGCCUCCAUCGUCGUCGUCGUCGUCGCUAUGGGUCUGCGGGACGAGAAGAUGCUGACAAACGGGGAGCCCGAGGAGGCUGAAGAAGAGGAAGAAGACAUUGUGGAUCCCAUAACUGUGAUCAGGGAGCAAUGUCAGCAGAUUGAGAAGUGCAUGGCAUAUCGAGCACGAUUGGAGACUUGCGAGGAGCGUGUUACUUCACGCUCCAACACACAAGAGACGUGUACUGAGGAGCUGUUUGACUUCCUGCACUCCCGGGACCACUGUGUGGCUCAUAAACUAUUCAACAAGUUGAAAUAAAUUCUGGUAUCUGAGGUGCUUUACAGUACCAGAUGAAAAUUUGUUAUUGGGACUCCACAUUCGUUGCUGCUCUUUGAGACCUAUGAAUCCGUCAUGUAAAUGGACUGAGCAAUUUGAGGAUUAUGCAUUGAUGUUAAUCAAUUCUUUGUUUUGUUUGUGAUUGAAUUUGAAGUCGUAAUCUUAGGUUCCAGUUGACGUAAAUAAAUUUAUUGGAACUCAACUUGAAAAA